AUGUUUAAUAAUAAUAAUAAUCAAACAAAUAGAUUAGUAAAUUUAUCACAUUUGUUAUUAUCAAAGAUAAUUAAAUAUUUAGAUGAUAAUAUAGAUAGAAUAGUGUUUACAUUAGUUUGUAAAAGAUGGUACGAUGAAAGAGCUAGAUAUCUAUCUUUUAAUACUCAUCAUAUCAACAUCAUUAAUGAUAACAAUAAUAAUUAUAUACAUUUAUAUAAAUCGAUAAUCAUUGAUCAAAUCAAUAGAAAAACUAAAUGUAAAGCUGUUGCUGGGAAUCAAAUCUAUCAGUAUUAUUAUGAUUAUCUUAUAUCAAAAGAUGAACAUGGUGAUAUCGAUAGAUUAAAAAUAUUAAACAUUGAUAAAAUAUCGAUUGGUUUGAAAAAUAGCCAAGAAAACAAAGAGAAUACGAAGAAUAUCUUUCAAUUGAUAUCUCAUUUAAAUAUAUCAAAGUUAAAGAAUGUUCAAACAUUUUCAGGAUUACCAAUGAAUAUUACAUCGAUGUCAUUCUACAAUUCGUUUAUGGAUGAGUUAGUACCUGGAUGUCUUCCACCAAAUUUGAAAACACUCAAGCUUAGUAAAAAUUUUAAUCAACCAAUCAAAUCAGGAGUUCUUCCAAACACAUUGGUUAAAUUGAAUUUCAAUGAGUCAUUCAAUCAACCAAUCGAACCAGGAGUAUUACCAUCAUCUUUGAAAGUUCUCAAAUUCAAAAAAUCCAAUUUCAAACAAGUCAUUAAAAUUGGAACAUUUCCACCGAAUCUUGAAGAACUGGAAUUCUCUGGAAACUGUACUACCAUGGAAGAUGGAGCUUUACCUCAGACACUUAGAAUACUUGAAACAUUAUCAAUCAGUUUUUCAACACAAGAUACUCAAAUGGAUUUGAAUUAUCUUCCAGUUUCACUCACAAGAUUGGAAAUAUUCGCAGAGAUCGAAUUGGUCAAUGUAAUGCCACCAACAAUUAGACAUCUUGAUUUGGAGAAUUGCGAUUAUGAUUUCAAUAGUGUAUUCAAAGAUAGAUCGAUUUAUCAAUUGGAUUAUCUCAUGUUAAAUCCAAAACUGGCAGCAUCUCUUGAUGGCAUGAAGAUCAAACAAUUAGAACUAAACAUGACAGCCUUGAAAUCUGAUAUGAACAGACAUGUGGAUAUUCCAUUUGGUGUUGAAACCCUUUCAAUUCAAUUCGCAUCGACAUUUCAAAAAGAGAUACCAAGUUCAGUGAAAAAAAUGAGUACCACUAAAGAAUGUCCAUUUUGUAAUGAAAACAUCACUUUAAGAGUCUAUGACAGACAUGUAAUACCUUGUUAUUGCAAGUAUUGUGAUUCUAAUAGUCUAAUUAGAGAUUGUACCUGUAAGAGCUGUAAUGGAUCACGUCCACAUCCAACUUCAGCUCCUCUUUAUCAUUAUACUAUUUCUUCAUCAAAUAUUACAUCAUCAGCAACACCACAAUCACCAUCAUCUACAUCACAAUCACCAGUACCACCACUAGUACCAGUACUACUACCACCAACCUCAAGUCGCACCCGUAAUGAUAACUUAAAGAUCAUUGGCAAAUCAUGUUGUGUGUGUUCAGAGAAACCAUCUGCAGGUUCUUCUGUAUUGCCUUUCAUAUGCAUAGGUACCUUCCAUAGCAUAUAUAUAUGCAAGAAAGGUCACUUGAAUACUGACGGUAGUGCAAGUGAAGUAUACAAGUUUCUUGAUAAUUUGCAUCAAGAAAUUAUUAAUGGAUUGCAUACGUUAACUUUUCGAAUUAUAAAUACAGAAAGUCAAGAACCUGGUAAUGAGAUGAAUUGUCAUGGUAUUUCAAGAUUAAUUGAUAAGACCAAUUAUGUGGGAUGUGCAACUCCGAUAGAUGGAGAUCCAAGUAAAAGAAUAUAUAUAAAAGAAAAGGUUGAUGGUCAUUUGAAAAAGUUACACUUCUGUAAUAUAGAUCAUUGCCUUAGAUAUAUUAUAUUACAUUAUGUCACCGGAAAGAAGUCAGCCAAAGGAACAAAUACACAGUCUAGAUCGCGUUCAUUGACACCUGAUGGAGAAGAUGAAGAAGAAGAUGGUGAAGAUGAAGAUGAAGAAGAAGAAGAAGAAGAUGGUGAAGAUGAAGAAACUCAGAGCACACCCUCCUGCUCCAUCUGCCGCCACCAAGAAAAAUGCUGCUUCAAAGCAGUUGCUAAACCAGCUGCUAAACAAGCUAAGAAAAGUGCUUCUAAAAGAAAACAAAGUGGAACCAAAAUUGAAAAUGUUAUUGGAGAUUUGAAAAAUAGGUUUGAUUGUCUCAGAGAUCACCAGAGGAUAUCAAAUAAAGAUGGUGAAGGUUUAGAUGAUCAUCAACAACGAUGGGUUAUAUGUGCAGGUAUAAGAAAUAAACAGCAUAUAUUUGAAUUUGAAACUGUUGUUUAA